CACGCUAGUUGUUAAAUUGUCACUCAAUUAACACUUUGCUUUAAGUAAAAGUGCAUGUAUGGUGACCAAAGAAUGGACCACUAUAAUGUAGAUUUGCAUAAAAACUCAAAGCGAUAUUUCAAACAUCUUGAAAUCAUAAAAGACAUAUCAAAGAGGUAUUUAAACUCGGUUGCUAAAUGUGUGAAUAGUAAAAUAUCACUUAUUUAGUUAGGCACAAUUUUAUUAUUGGGUUGGGGACCAAACAGCAGAGGCUGCAGUUUCAUAGUGCGAACUCUGGGCGCCGCUGUUGGUCUGACUGAAGAGGGCUGAAGCUCCGUCUUGCGCAGCCGCAAAGCGCUUUCCACGGUUCCCUUUCUCAGCCUUUACACUGCUUCUUUCCGAGAAAAGGAAGAAUCAUUUCGUGGACUAGAACUGGUAUCAAAGUCCGAUUGGAGCCCGGAAUAUCCGCACUACGGAGCUAACUCGUAACCCGCCGUCUCCAAGCUGGUGAGCAAGCAAAGGGGAACAAGAAAGAUGCGGGAGGGCGCUGCUGAGAGGCGUCAGGGGCAGAGGCGGCCAAUGCUCCUUCCCUUCCUGCUGCCUUUGUUCUGCCCCGCGCUCUCUGAGCAGAUCCGCUACAAGAUCCCCGAGGAAAUGCCCACCGGCUCGGUAGUGGGGAACCUCGCCAAGGACCUGGGCUUCAGUGUCCAGGAGUUACCGACGCGAAAGCUACACAUCAGUUCCGAGAAGCCUUACUUCAGUGUGAGCUCAGAGAGCGGAGAGUUGCUAGUGAGCAGCAGGCUGGACAGGGAGCAGAUAUGCGGGAAGAAGCUGGUGUGUGCUCUGGAAUUUGAGGCUGUUGCUGAAAAUCCACUGAACUUUUAUCACUUGAGUGUGGAGCUGGAGGACAUUAAUGACCACAUGCCAAAAUUCCCUCACACUUCCUCAGAGCUGCAAAUAAGUGAGUCUGCUCAACCGGGCACUCGGUUCAUUUUAGAAGUAGCAGAAGACGCAGAUAUUGCCUUAAAUUCGCUACAGAAUUAUAAACUCUCUCCUAGCCCUGGUUUCUCCCUGGUGAAUAAAGAAAAACAAGACGGUCGUAAGUACCCGGAAUUGGUAUUGGAGAAAACUUUAGAUCGCGAGCAACAGAAUUAUUACCGACUAGUCCUGACAGCCUUAGACGGCGGGGAUCCUCCCCUAAGUGGCACCACUGAGCUUCGGAUCCAAGUCACUGAUGCCAACGACAAUCCUCCUGUGUUCAACCAGGAAGUAUACAAAGUCCGCCUUCCGGAGAAUGUGCCUCCAGGCACAACCGUGCUACGAGUGACAGCUACAGAUAAGGAUGAGGGCGUAAAUUCAGAGAUUUCUUAUUCGCUCCACAGAGCUGGGCAAGUGUUUGGUCUAAAUUCAAAGAGUGGAGAAAUUACAACACAGAGAACACUGGAUUUCGAAGAAAUCAAAGAAUAUUCUAUAGUAGUGGAAGCGCGGGAUGGCGGUGGCCUGGUUGCACAAUGUACAGUUGAAAUUAACAUUCAAGACGAAAAUGACAACAGACCAGAAAUUACAGUCCGUUCUCUGCUAGAAACGAUUCCAGAAAACACACCGCCGGGAACACUAAUUGCUUUGAUCAAAAUACACGACAGAGAUUCUGGGGAAAACGGGGAGGUUAAUUGUCGACUAGACGGUGAAGUGCCCUUUAAAAUUAUCUCUUCUUCCAAAAACUCGUAUAAAUUGGUUACAGAUAGAACCUUAGACCGAGAGCUGACUCCAGAAUACAAUGUGACCAUUAUGGCCACUGACAGGGGCAAGCCACCGCUUUCCUCCAGCACAAAAGUCACCCUACACGUUGGUGACGUCAAUGACAACGCUCCACUUUUUCACCAGGCCUCCUACUUGGUGUACAUAGCAGAGAACAAUCCACCUGGAGCCUCCAUCGCUCAAGUCAGCGCCUCUGACCCGGAUUUGGGAUCCAAUGGUCAUGUCUCCUACUCCAUCAUAGCCAGUGACCUGGACCUGGGACUGCGCACAGGCGAGGUGCGCACAGCGCGUGCCUUGGGCGAAAAGGACGCUGCGCGGCACCGCCUGUUGGUUGGUGUUCGCGAUGGUGGACAGCCACCCCUCUCAGCUACAGCCACGCUGCUUCUAGUAUUCGCUGAUAGCUUGCAGGAGGCCCUGCCAGACCUCAGUGACCGCUCACUGCCCCCUGAUCCGCAAGCCGAGCUGCAGUUCUACUUGGUGGUGGCCUUGGCCUUGAUUUCUGUGCUUUUCCUCCUGGCUGUGAUUCUAGCCAUUGCACUUCGACUGCGACACUCCUCCAGCCCCUCGGUCUGGGCCUGCUUUCAGCCUGGAUUUUGUUCUGAAUCUAAGCCUGUGGUUUUCCCCAACUAUAGUGAAGUGAGCCGACUUCCCACCCGGAACCUCUAA